CUGUUGCAGUUUAUGGGGAGGUGGUAUGAAGUGGCAACGGUCUCUACCUGCCGCUUUUACAUGCAGCGUAAGGAGGGGAACCCUGCCAUCGUCGCACUUGAGCUGAAACAUGUCACUUCCGAGCAAAACUUCACAAUGGCAUCAUCUACCCUCAGAAAUGGCACCUGUAAGGAGACCUCCACAGUUUAUAGCUUGACGGACUUUCCAGGACAAUUUUUCCACCAUGUCGCAAGGUUUGGAGCUGAUGUUGAUUCCUAUGUGGUUCACACCAACUAUGAUGACUAUGCCAUGAUGUUGCUGUUGGGCACAGAGAAGCCCUCUGGGAUUAAAACCACCACAGUCAAGCUUUACAGUGAGUUUAAGUCCAGACAUUUUAACCAUGAAGUGAGUGUGUUCCAGGUGGACAGGGACGAGCGGACAGACAGUUCUGGUAGGAUGCAGAAAACAGUGCUUCUGGUCACUCUGCUGGUCCAAGGAUGGACCUGGACCAUCCAGGGAUUACCGACACUCCCGGAGCCCCUCUAUCCCACACAGGAGAACUUCGAUUUGAGCAAGUUCUUGGGAACAUGGCAUGAUGUUGCCUUUGCCAGUACAUGUUCCCACUUGAAGCGUUACAAAGGAGAUUUAGCCAUCGGCAAACUGGUGUUGCAGAGAUCUGCCACUGAAGGAAAGCUGGAGAUGACUCGGACCAUGCUCAGAAGAGGAACCUGUAAGGAGAUAACUGGGGAUUAUGAGCUGACCACCACACCAGGACGAUUCUUCUACCACAUAGAAAAGUGGGCUUCAGAUGUGGACGCUUACGUGGUUCACACAAACUACAACGAGUAUGCCAUUGUGAUAAUGAGCAAAAAGAGGUCUACUGGAGAGAAAAGCAUCUCUGUUAAGCUUUACAGUCGAACAAAGACUGUGAGACCAACUGUGCUAGAGGACUUUAAAACACUGGUCAAGCAACAAGGAAUGAGUGAUGACACCAUCUUCAUUAAAAAGAACAAAGGCGACUGUAUCCCCGGGGAGCAAGUGACAGAACCCACAAUCAAGCCUGAAUCUCAGCGGGUGAGGAGGAACGUGGUGCCCAACUUGGAUCCAGUAGAUGAGGAGGGUUCUGGGGAUGACACACCUUUCUUCAAUGGAACCAAGGCCUGUAAAGCUGAACCAGAUACGGGGCCGUGCUUUGGGAUGCACCAGCGCUACUUCUACAACUCCUCCUCAAUGAGCUGUGAGCUCUUCAAUUAUGGAGGGUGUCUGGGCAAUCAAAACAACUUUGAAAGUGAGAGACAGUGUCUGCAGAGAUGCCGCACAGAGGCCGUGUGCCGUCUGCCCAUGGCGGCCCAGCCCUGCACCGGACAGCCGCCCAUCUGGGCCUUCGACUCCUCCGCUGGUCUGUGUGUCCCCUACAAACCGGGCUUCUGCCAGACCAACGCCAACAAGUUCUGGUCCAAGGCAGAGUGUGAGGAAUACUGCGGGGUGGUGAAAGAUGGUGAGACAACAGACAAACAGGACAAAAUAGAAAACAAAGACAAAGGCACGGCAUUAAAAGGCCACAGGCUGAGCGUAUGGCCAGAGUUUGUUUCAUGA